CCGUCUGACCCUCGAGUUGGCUUGAUCUUGUGCAGCCAGAGAGGACACUGGUCCCGCCACCCAGAAGACGCCCCGCCAGCAGAAACUCUUGGAGCCUUUGCGCACGUGGCCCCUUUAAGGAGGCGGGCGCCCGGGGGGAAGGCCCGCUGAUUGGCGGAGCGGAGCCUCGUGUCAGGACGGUGGAGACUGAGGUGGCUGGCCAGGCUCCGCAGCCGGUCCCGGGGAAGCCGGGAGAGCUGACAGAUGAACGUGAGGCGGUCCCUGCUCGGCCUCACCUUUUGCACCUGCUACCUGGCUUCUCACCUCACCAACAAGUAUGUCCUGUCUGUCCUGAAAUUUACCUACCCUACCUUAUUCCAAGGGUGGCAGACAUUCGUUGGUGGACUUUUGCUUCACAUGUCAUGGAAGCUGGGAUGGGUGGAGAUCCACAGCAGUCUAAGAUCUGAUGUUUUGACGUGGCUUCCUGCUUCGGUGCUGUUUGUGGGUAUAAUCUAUGCAGGGUCCAAAGCUUUGUCUAGACUGGCUGUUCCUGUGUUUUUCAUUUUGCAUAACGUAGCUGAAGUUCUCACCUGUGGGUACCAGAAGUGUGUCUGGAGAGAGAAAACAUCGCUCUCAAAGAUCUGUAGUGCCCUCUUCCUCUUGGCCGCUGCAGGGUGCCUUCCCUUCCAGGACUCUCAGUUUGAUCCAGAUGGAUAUUUUUGGGCUCUAAUCCACUUCUUUUGUGUAGGUUCUUACAAAAUACUUCGGAGGUCCCGGAAGCCCACGGUGCUAAGUGACAUUGACCAGCAGUACUUAAACUAUAUAUUCAGUAUGGUACUCCUGGCAUUUGCGUCUCAUCCUACAGGUGACCUCUUCGGUGCCCUGGACUUUCCAUUCCUGUAUUUCUACAGGUUCCAUGGCAGCUGCUGUGCCAGUGGAGUUCUGGGAUUCUUCCUUAUGCUCAGUACAGUAAAACUGAGAAGCGUUCUGGCCCCAGGGCAGUGUGCGGCCUGGGUCUUCCUUGCUAAGGUCAUCACAGCUGGCUUGUCGAUGUUGCUGUUUGAUACGGUCCUGACCAGAGCAACUGUGGGAUGCUUCCUGCUUGGUGGACUUGGUGAGGCCCUGCUGGUUUUCUCAGAGCGGAGGAGUUCCUCAUGAAGAUGGACAAGGAAAGGCGGCAUGUAGCCCGCUGCUGGAGAACACAGCACCUGGCCUCCCUCUUGAGAGCCAUAGAAAGACACAUUGCAGUGAGACCAAGCUGAGGUUUCCAGCUGGGCAAAGCUGUGAGCUGCACAUGCCCUAACCAAGCUGAGCACGUUGACGGCCGAUGAUUGAAACAAUCCACUCUCUUAUUACUUGGGGGGAUUUCCCAGGGACCUCUGCACCACGGCAGAGGACAGGUCUGUCUUAUAUGCUGAACCAUCUCCUCUCUGCUGCAUGCAGUUCUGCGGGAUCAAGAAGCAGAGGCUGUUAUGAGAAUGGCUAAGUCAGCUGGAUGGACCCUAACCACCUCCUACCAGAUACUGCUUUGGGAUUGAUGUCACAGUCCGUGGACUCUUGUUGCAUUUUGGGGAGUUGUUUUGUGUCUUACAUCUUGGAGUCUCUUAUACCCUUUGAUUUUUCUGUUUACUGUGGAGCCCAUGCCUACCCACCCAAAACAGGACAUGUGUGUUUAUGACAUGUGGGCAGGGCGGGUGUGGGGCUGAGCAGGGAAGCUGGACCAAAUGGAACACCAGCAAAGCUCUUUAGGCUGUAGGGCGAGUGGCAGCCUUUGUGAUUAUGCUAAUGGAUUUCCAGCCUCUAAUUUUCUCUAAAUUUGUCUUGUUCUUUUGAGUUUGUCGGGAUAUGUUGAAUCUGUAGGCCAUUGGUCACUGGCAGAUUAAGCUGGUGACUAAUGGAUUACCUGAAGUCUUUUUAAGUGUUAUGUAGUCCAGGUGGGCCUUAAAUACCUCACCUUCCGCCUCUGCCUCCUGACUGCUGAGCUUGCAGGCAUUAACCAUUACUAUGCUUAGCUUUCGUUCCUUAAACUCUUUAAUAUAUUUAAUUCCUUCAUAUCUCAGAAGAGAUCUCAAGUCAUUGAGCACUGGAUUUUAUCUCUUACACCAGAUUAAUAAUUAAAGUCCCGUAGCUUACCA